CCUUCUAGGGAGUUGAGCAAAAAAAGUUCGCCGCUGCCGCAGGUCUGGGUCUCUCUCGCCCCUCCCGAGGCGCAGCCGCCAGACCAGUGGUGCCGGGGCGCAGGGCGGGGGCGGAGGCGCCGGGGCGGGGGAUGCGGGACCGCGGCGCAGCCCCUCGGCCCUAAAAGCUAGGAGAGCGCCGCUCCCGACGCCCAGCGCCGCUUUCCAGUCUCGGCCCGUAGAGCCGGGGCGCCCGGGCGGAGCCCUUGUCCGCCUGGUCAGGGGGUGCGCGUCGGCAGAGGCAGAAGCCAUGGAUCCCGGGCAGCAGCCGCCGCCUCAGUCGGGGCCCCAGGGCCAAGGGCAGCCCCCCGCACAGCCCCCCCAGGGGCAGGACGCGCCGGCCCGGCCCGGGCAGCCGGCGCCCCCUGGGUCCCAGCCGGCGCCGCAGGCUCCCCCCGCCGGACACCAGAUCGUGCACGUCCGGGGGGACUCAGAGACAGACCUGGAGGCGCUCUUCAACGCCGUCAUGAACCCCAAGACGGCCAACGUGCCCCCAACCGUGCCCAUGAGGCUCCGGAACCUGCCGGACUCCUUCUUUAAGCCGCCAGAGCCCAAGUCCCACUCCCGACAGGUCAGUACUGAUGCAGGAACAGCAGGAGCCUUGGCUCCACAGCAUGUUCGAGCACAUUCCUCUCCAGCUUCCCUGCAGCUGGGAGCUGUUUCUCCAGGGACACUGAGCCCCACGGGAGUUGUUUCUGGUCCAGCAGCUGCACCCACUGCUCAACAUCUCCGACAGUCUUCUUUUGAAAUACCUGAUGAUGUACCUCUGCCAGCAGGCUGGGAAAUGGCGAAAACAUCUUCUGGUCAGAGAUACUUCUUAAAUCACAUUGAUCAGACAACAACGUGGCAGGACCCCAGGAAGGCCAUGCUUUCCCAGAUGAAUGUUACAGCCCCCACCAGUCCACCAGUGCAGCAGAAUAUGAUCAACUCAGCCUCAGGUCCUCUUCCUGAUGGAUGGGAACAAGCCAUGACUCAGGAUGGAGAAAUUUACUAUAUAAACCAUAAGAACAAGACCACCUCUUGGCUAGACCCAAGGCUUGACCCUCGUUUUGCCAUCAACCAGAGAAUCAGCCAGAGUGCUCCAGUGAAGCAGCCACCACCUCUGGCUCCCCAGAGCCCACAAGGAGGUGUUAUGGGUGGCAGCAACUCCAACCAGCAGCAACAGAUACGACUGCAGCAACUGCAGAUGGAGAAGGAGAGGCUGCGACUGAAGCAGCAAGAACUGCUUCGGCAGGCAAUGCGGAAUAUCAAUCCCAGCACAGCAAAUUCUCCAAAAUGUCAGGAAUUAGCUCUACGUAGCCAGUUACCAACAUUGGAACAGGAUGGUGGGACUCAAAAUCCAGUAUCUUCUCCGGGGAUGUCUCAGGAACUGAGAACAAUGACGACCAAUAGCUCAGAUCCCUUUCUCAAUAGUGGCACCUACCACUCUCGAGAUGAAAGUACAGACAGUGGACUCAGCAUGAGCAGCUACAGUGUCCCCCGAACUCCAGAUGACUUCCUGAACAGCGUUGAUGAAAUGGAUACAGGUGAUACUAUCAACCAAAGUACCCUACCCUCACAGCAGAACCGUUUCCCAGACUACCUUGAAGCUAUUCCUGGGACAAAUGUGGACCUUGGAACACUAGAAGGAGUUGGAAUGAACAUAGAAGGAGAAGAGUUGAUGCCAAGUCUGCAGGAAGCUCUGAGUUCUGACAUCCUUAAUGACAUGGAAUCUGUUUUGGCUGCCACCAAGCUAGAUAAAGAAAGCUUUCUUACAUGGCUAUAGAGCUUUCAGGUAGACUGAAUUCUUUAAUCUCUGAAGGAUUUAAGGAGAUAAGACGUAUAUACCUGAAAUUUCCAAAUAAUGCAGUUGCAAUCUUCUGGCUCAUACAGAAAAAGAUGAACAAAGUCCAGCAAGAUUCUUUCAUCUACUAUUUUGCUCUUCAUUGUCCAUUGCUGCUGUUAAUAUAUGGCUGACCUCUUUCACAGUUGGCUCUAAAGAAUCAAAAAAAGAUCUUUUUUGUUUCUUUUGCUAUUAUAACUACUGCUCGUUUUGGGGGCUGGGGAAAGUGAGCCUAUUGGAUGAUGGAUACCAUUCCCAGUUAGAUGUUCAACGAUCAUUUUAACUAAAUACUCAGACUUGGAAGUCAAAUGCUUCAUGUCACAGCAUUCAGUUUGUUUAAGCAAUUGUUUCUUCAGCUGCCUUUGGCCAGUGGAAAAACAGGCCUUACUGGUUUGACAAGCCAAAACUCCUGUAUCUGAUAUUAAGUACUUAAUGCUGAUUUGAAGAGAUAGCUGAAA